GUCACCAUGUCCCGCAGCAGUGGUAGUGGUGGGGGGAGCCGCUGCAACUCCAGCAGGGGGGGCUUCGGUAGCCGGAGCCUGUACAACUUGGGGGAUAACAGAACCAUCUCCAUCAGUGUGGCUGGAGGGGGCUCCCCAGGGCGGGCUCUGGGGGGCUUUGGCCUCAGUAGCGGAGCCUACAUGGGCCUGGGGACUGGCAGGCAGUCGUUUGGGCCCGCCUGCCCUCCCGGCGGGAUCCAGGAGGUCACGGUCAACCAGAGCCUGCUGACGCCGCUCAACGUGGAGAUCGACCCGGAGAUCCAGCGGGUGCGCACCCAGGAGCGGGAGCAGAUCAAGACCCUCAACAACAAGUUCGCCUCCUUUAUUGACAAGGUGCGGUUCCUGGAGCAGCAGAACAAGGUGCUGGAGACCAAGUGGGCGCUGCUGCAGGAGCAGGGCCAGAGUGCGGGCACCACCAGGAGCAACUUGGAGCCCCUCUUUGAGGCCUACCUGAGCAACCUGCGGAGAACACUGGACAAGAUCCAGGGGGAGAGGGGCAGGCUGGAUUCAGAGCUGAGGAACAUGGGGGACCUCGUUGAGGACUUCAAGAACAAGUAUGAGGAUGAGAUCAAUAAGCGCACUGCUGCGGAGAACGAGUUUGUGGUGCUCAAGAAGGAUGUGGAUGCAGCCUACAUGGGCCGAAUGGAUCUGCAUGGCAGAGCGGGCGCCCUGACAGACGAGAUCGACUUCUUUCAGCACCUCUUUGAAAUGGAGAGGAGCCAAGUGCAGACCCACGUGUCUGACACCAACGUGGUGCUGUCCAUGGACAACAACCGCAGCCUGGACCUGGACAGCAUCAUCGCUGAGGUCAAGGCCCAGUACGAGGACAUCGCCAACCGCAGCAGAGCUGAAGCAGAGUCCUGGUACCAGACCAAGUAUGAGGAGCUUCAGGUGACAGCCAGCAAACAUGGAGACAACCUGCGGGACACCAAGAACGAGAUUUCUGAGCUCACCCGUACUGUGCAGAGGCUGCAGGGGGAGGUGGACGCAGCCAAAAAGCAGUGCCAGCAGCUGCAGGCCGCCAUCGCUGACGCAGAGCAACGUGGGGAUCUGGCGCUCAAGGAUGCUCAGAAGAAGUUUGGAGACCUGGAUGUGGCCCUGCACCAGGCCAAGGAGGAGCUGGCCCGGCUGCUGCGUGACUACCAGGCGCUGAUGAACGUCAAGCUGUCCCUGGACAUAGAGAUCGCCACCUACAGGACGCUGCUGGAGGGCGAGGAGAGCCGGAUGUCCGGGGAAUGUCAGAGUGCCGUGAGCAUUUCCGUGACCGGCAACUCCACGUCUGUGAGCGGAGGUGGCUCGGCUGGCAUCGGGGGUGGCAUGUCCUGGGGCGGGGGAGGUAUCAAAGGUGGGUUCAGCACCAAUGUGGGCUACGGCUCUGCCAAAGGGGGUGUGGCCUCUGGAGGUACCUCCAUCCUGCGGAAGACCACUACCAUCAAGACAUCCAACCGGAGGUAUUAGCGGCUAGGCCUCCCUGGGCCCCUGAAAGCCUGUCCCUGCUCUACACACCCGCCUCUGCAGCCC